AUGAAAAAACCUCCUUCUCUGGGCUCAAAACUACUUUGCGAUGACAAAGCUAAACACACCAAGAAAGUCAGAAUUGUUGGUAAAUAUGAGACUCAUUAUAGUGCCUCCCUCAAGAAAAUAGUGAAGAAAAUUGAAAUCAGCCAGCAGGUUAAGUACACUUGCUCUUUCUAUAGCAAAACCAAGAUAAGAUGAGCUGUGGGGAUGUGGCACUGUUCUUGCAUGAAAAUAAUAGCUGGUGGUACCUGGACCUGCAUGAUCACUUCUGCCACCACAGUAAAGUCUGCCAUCAGAAGACUGAAGGAACUAAAAAUCUGUAGAAGCUUUGUUAUUUGA